GCAAUUCUAUUUCAAAUAAAAAAAUAAAUCUUACUCGUUGUGGUCUUUUUUAAAGUUUAUAUUGAUUUAAAUAAUAUAAUACUUACCUAUAUAAUUUAUUGUUUCACAGCUGUGUUCCAUCCACCUAUAUAAUAGCAUUUGUUUUUUCUUGUUCCUUACUACUGUACCUCACAAUGGCUACGGACCUUUUUGCAAGUUUCGAUGAGCAAUACAUGAACAUCAAUACGAAGCUAAAAAAGCGUUUUAUGAGGAAGCCUAACAUUUCGGAGGCCACAAAUGAGUUUAUCGCAUUGGCUAUACAGUGUGAACAUAGUGAGCAACCAAUAUUCGCAGGGCACGCGUAUAUCGGGGCUGCGAAAUGUGAGGCCACAGCUGGAAACGCUUUUGGGGAGGCGGAGUACUAUAUAACAGCGGCAAGGCAGUUCAUGAAGGCUGAGAAGAAGCUGCUUUCACUUAAAUUCUCGAGCCCUGAUAGGGAGAAUUUGGAAGCGGCCAUAGGAUGUUAUUUGCAAGCACUAACAAAGUACCCUGAGAAGUCCCUUCUAAGAACCUCAAUAUUGAUGGAAAUAGCCGACCAUCUCGUAGCCCUCAACCACAAGUGUGAAGCUGUGGCAUAUUAUCAGCAAGCCUUGGAGGAUAUUGACGAGAAGACCAUGAAAAUUGUGCAUAUGAAGAACUUAGUGAAUUUAUUGAUUGAAUGUGAUAAAUUUGAGGAAGCCUUGGAUACUGCUAAUUCUCUUGUUGAUUCUUUCACAAGUAUUCCUGAAGAUGUAUUAGCUGAGGUACAAAUAAGCCGUGUUCUUCUUACGCUUCUUGUGGAACCACCUGAGGAGAGUAAACCAGAAUCGUUGAAACAGCUGUUUACCGCCAUUAUGAAUGACUGCGAGACUGAUAUGUUCCCAGUGAACCCUGACCUCCGUCUGAAGCUGCAGUCCGUGACGCUGUCUGUAACAAGCAGAGAUCUCUCAUCACUGGUGACAGCUGCGGUAGACACCAAGCCGGCGCUGAGCAGGCAGCAGGCCGACCUCGUUGACAGUCUCAUUAGGAGUUAACUUGAAGAGUUGUGACUAGUGAACUGUGACCUCCGGCUGUACUUUCAGACAGUGAGAAGCAGAGACCUCUCAUUUUUGGUUAACUUAAAAGUUGUGUGACCAGUAAACUGUGACCUCUGGCUGUAACUACAGUCAGUGAGCAGCAGAGUCCACUCAUCGCUGGUCAUCGCGGUUAAAGCCACCUCUUGUCGCUAGUUGAUCUCCUUGAUUUUCAGUGCGUGGAUAAGAGUUAGCUCAAAGAGUUAUAGCAACCUACGAAUUGUGACCACUGACCAAAGAUGCAGUCAAUAAAAACCAGUCUUCUUUUUUACGGUCUAAGGAACUUUUAUACUAGGCAUUCUACUUUAGGUAAUCAGGUAGCCAACAAAAUGUGAUCUUUGAGUCUGCCAAACUUUGAAAAGAGAAAUUCACAAAUACCGUAGACAAAUAUACAUGUAAAAGGUAAAAGAAAGCAAAGGCUUUUUCAGAGAUUAUGCAUUUUCACACCAGAUUUUUAAAGUGAAGCAAAAAUAUCUUGGUAGUUUUUAACUGGCUUCAGUAAAAAAGAUUUUCAAUAAGCUAUUUGACUGUAUUAAAAAUAUACAUUCCUUUUAUGUCAUCAGUCUUAAUAUUAUUUUUUUGGAGCGAUUUGUAAUAACGCGAAAUAAAAAUAUUGCAUAAUUUAAACAAAAUCCGUCUCAGAAAAUUAGGUUUUUAUAUGCAGCUGUCACGUGACUAAAAACGAACGUGAUUGGCUAUUUCUAUUAUGACGUCAAUUAUCCAUAAACAGACUGUGGAUCGUACCGUUCCUUAGUGUUCGCUAUUAUUUUUUAAGAUUUUAUAAGUGUUUGAUCGCUCAGGAUUACUCAGAUAACAUAGGUAUUUAAUAAUGGAAACCAAUUCCGCGAGGAAGAAAUCUGGAUUGUCUUCUUCAAAGAAAAUCCAGAUUUCUAUGCUGCCGAACUGAGGAAUGUGAAAACAUCAAUGUAAGUAUAUCUUGGUAACCACUUAUCUUAGAUCAUGAUCUGAAACCACUUCUUGUGAAUAUUCAAAUCCAUCGGCAUAGAAAAAAACAGUUUCGUAGGAGAUUUUAUUGUUGUAUUAGUGCAUUGAGGCACUGCACAACAUUUAUAGGAACUCAUUUUAAUAAUUUUCACACAUAUGACGUGGCACAAGUUAAAUAAAACAAGAGAAAAUCAAAACUUUUCGAAACACCAACAAGCUUUGUAUGAUAUUUACACGAAAUUUACGUCACUGCAUGCCAUGGCCGCCAUAUUGCUAAAAGUCGCGUUUUGGCGGCAUAUUUGAAUAUUUCAUUUUCUUUUUCGAUUUUUUAAUAAAAUAGCUGUAAUAAAGGCAGAAAAGUAUUUUUGUAGGGCUCCUUAUAAACAAAUAAAUACCCUAAGAUAGUUUUUAGAACUUUGUCAAAUAGCCUAUUCUACCAUAUUUUUGCUUAUAUGUCUGGUAAAUGGCGUUGCAUAUCAAAAGGCACUCAGAAAUUGAUAUCUUCAGUUCUAUGAUGGAGAGCCCUCAUCGAGACAUACUAUGCUUGUGAUCUCUUAGGUUUGAUUCUUUGAAACGGGUGAUGUGCUGUUUAUGGUUAUAAAAAUAAGAACAAAUUGUAUCAUUAUCAUAAACU